AUGGCGGGCCCCCUCAACUCCAGCUCCGGCCACAACGCCGCCGCCGGCGGCGGGGGCAAGACCAUCGAGGAGAUGUACCAGAAGAAGACGCAGCUGGAGCACAUCCUGCUGCGCCCUGACACCUACAUCGGCUCGGUGGAGAAGCACACCCAGCCGCUAUGGGUCUACGAGGACAGUGGCAUGGUGAACCGUUCGGUCACCUACGUCCCGGGACUCUACAAGAUCUUCGACGAGAUCCUCGUCAACGCCGCCGACAACAAGCAGCGGGAUCCCAAGAUGGACGCGCUCCGCGUCGAGAUCGACGUCGACGGCUGCUGCAUCUCCGUAUACAACAACGGCGACGGGAUCCCCGUCGAGAUCCACCAGGAGGAGGGCGUCUACGUGCCAGAGAUGAUUUUCGGCCACCUCCUCACCAGUAGCAACUACAACGACAACGAGAAGAAGACCACCGGCGGGAGGAACGGAUACGGCGCCAAACUCACUAACAUCUUCUCCACGGAGUUCGUCAUCGAGACCGCUGAUGGGCGUCGCCAGAAGAAGUACAAGCAGGUUUUCUCUGAGAACAUGGGGAAGAAGUCAGAGCCCCAGAUUACCAAGUGCAAGCAGGGUGAGAACUGGACCAGGGUCACCUUCAAACCUGAUCUUGCCAAGUUCAACAUGACCCAUCUCGAAGAUGAUGUUGUAGCUCUCAUGAGGAAGAGAGUGGUUGAUAUGGCAGGCACUCUCGGCAAAACAGUGAAGGUUGAGUUGGAUGGCCAGAGGGUGCCCAUAAAGAGCUUCUGUGACUAUGUCGACCUGUAUAUGAAGAGUGCUAACUGCGACAGACCUGAUAAAAUGAUUUAUGAGAAAAAUGAUCGGUGGGAAGUGUGUGUUAGUCAAAGUGAAGGGCAGUUUCAGCAGGUCAGCUUUGUCAACAGAAUUGCAACCAUAAGGGGUGGAACUCAUGUUGAUUAUAUCACCAACCAAAUUGCCAACCAUGUGAUGGCCAUUGUGAAUAAGAAAAACAAGAAUGCAAACAUGAAGCUGCACAACGUGAAGAGCCAUUUGUGGGUCUUUGUUAAUACGCUCAUUGACAAUCCGGCCUUUGAUUCACAGACCAAGGAGACCUUGACCACUCGUCAGGGAAGCUUUGGGUCAAAGUUUGAGCUUUCUAGUGCUUUCUUCAAGAAAGUUGAGACAUCCAGUAUAAUAGAGAAUGUCCUAUCUUGGGCUGAUUUCAAACUUAACAAAGAAUUAAAGAAGACUGAUGGAAGCAAGAAGUCAAGAAUUUCUGGCAUCCCUAAGCUUGAGGAUGCAAAUGAAGCUGGUGGGAAGGACUCUGAGAAGUGCACCUUGAUCCUGACUGAAGGCGACUCUGCAAAAGCUCUUGCUAUGUCUGGCAUAGCUGUCGUAGGGAGAGAUUACUAUGGUGUAUUUCCUCUCAGGGGAAAACUGUUGAAUGUCAGAGAGGCAAACCACAAGCAGAUAAUGGACAACGCUGAAAUUCAGCACAUAAAGCAAAUCCUAGGUUUGCAGCAUGGAAAGCAGUAUGAAAGUACCAAAGGUUUGAGAUAUGGCCAUCUCAUGAUAAUGACAGAUCAGGAUCAUGAUGGUUCCCAUAUCAAAGGGUUGUUGAUCAACUUCAUUCACUCAUUUUGGCCGUCUCUUCUUAAAGUUGAAUCUUUCUUGGUUGAGUUCGUCACUCCAAUUAUCAAGGGGUUGGGAACAAGCACAGCCCAAGAAGGCCGGGAGUACUUUGAAGCUAUUACUGAUCACAAAAAGGAUUUUGUCUGGGAAGAUGACCAAGAUGGCAAUCAUAUUGAGUUAGCAUUCAGCAAGAAACGGAUUGCUGAUAGGAAACAGUGGCUUACAAAUUUUCAGCGAUCAAUACCUUCAAUGGUUGAUGGCCUUAAACCAGGUCAGAGGAAGAUUCUGUUUUGCUCAUUCAAGAGGAAUUUUGUUAAGGAAGCUAAGGUGGCUCAGUUCUCUGGUUAUGUGUCAGAACACUCAGCAUACCACCAUGGCGAGCAGAGUUUAGCAAGUACAAUUAUUGGAAUGGCUCAGAAUUUUGUUGGCAGCAAUAACAUCAACCUUAUGUACCCUGGUGGUCAGUUUGGCACCAGAGCUCAGGGAGGCAAGGAUGCUGCGAGUCCUAGGUACAUCUUCACCAAGCUGUCUCAUAUCACACGUUCAAUUUUCCCGAAGGAUGAUGAUAUUCUACUUAAUUAUCUGAAUGAGGAUGGGCAGUCAAUUGAACCCACCUGGUAUAUGCCAAUUCUUCCCAUGGUCUUGGUCAAUGGAAGUGAAGGAAUUGGCACUGGAUGGAGCACAUUUAUUCCAAACUACAAUCCAAGAGACAUUGUUGCUAACCUCAGGCGGUUACUGAAUGAAGAGUCUACUGUACCAAUGCAUCCAUGGUACAAAGGAUUCAAGGGAUCUAUAGAGAAGACUGUCAAUACAAAGGUAGUUGGUUCCACGUAUACCGUCACCGGAAUCAUUGAGGUUGUUAACAACACUACACUGAGGAUCACUGAACUGCCAAUCCGCCGUUGGACUCAGGAUUACAAAGAUUUUCUUGAAAGUAUAUGUGCAGAUAAGCACAACAAGGACAAAUUAUCAUUCAUAGAGGAUGUCACAGCGCAAGGUGAUAAUGAAGACAUUUACAUUGAGCUCCAAUUAAGUGAGGGAAAUAUGAAUAUAGCUAAGGAAGAAGGACUAGUGAAGAAGUUUAAGCUGACAACAACAAUUGGAACAUCAAACAUGCACUUGUUUGAUUCAGAUGGUAAAAUUCGGAAGUACGACACUCCUGAGCAAAUACUUGAGGAGUUCUUUCAAUUAAGGCUUGAAUUCUAUGUUAAGAGAAAGGAAGCAAUGUUGAAAAGUAUCAAGCUGGACUUAAAGAAGCUUGAAAACAAAGUUAGAAAAAAAAAGAGGGCUGAACCAGCUGCUGUAGGUGCUUUAGAAGAGGAGGAAAAUGAAGAGAGUCCUGAAGCUGAAGGAGCGGAGCCUAGUGACUAUGAGUAUCUCCUCGCAAUGUCAAUCGGUACCUUGACUUUGGAGAAGAUACAGGAGCUCAAUGCUGAGAAACAAAAAUUAGUGGAUGGUGUUGAGGAACUGAAAAACACAUCGCCAAAAUCACUUUGGUUGAAAGAUCUUGAUGCUUUUGAGAAAGAACUGGAUGUGCUUGAUCAAAUGGAUGUAGAAGAGGAGGAGCGAAGGGAAAAGAGAAUAAAGGAAGGCAAAAAAGGGGGAUCAAAAGCUGGACCCAAGAAACAACGUAAAAAGGCUGCAGUUAAUAAGGAGAAAAGCGAUACAGAAGAUGAUGAUGUGGUUGAACCAGUGGUCCCAAAGCGUGGAGCUCAACGGAAGAAAGCAUCCAAGAAGGCUCCGGUGGAUGAAGAGGAAGUUGACAUGCCUUCACUAAAAGACCGUAUUGCUGCUUUAAGUUUCAAUGACUCCUCUCCGGAUCAUUCUGCUAUGGAAACUGAAACAACAGAAGAGCAGAAUGAAAAACUGGCGACUAAGGGACCAAGCAAAAGAGGUGGAGGAAAGAAGGCGGCAUCGUCAUCCUUGGCGAUGAUACCAUCUGAUGACGAGGAUGAUGAUUUUACACUGGAGGAAGUCUCAGAGGUCCAAGCUCAGAAGAAAGGUAGAGGAAAGAAGCCUGCUGCUGCUGUGAAGCCGAAGGCUCCUGCCACCAGGAAAAGGGCACCGGCUCAGGGCAAGGCAACGCAGAAGAAAAUAGAUGAGAUGCUCCAGGCCAUUGAGGCUAACAACACCAGCCCUGAGAAGAAGAGGGGCUCGACUGCCGCUUCUGCAAGCUCUGAAACUACUGCUGAAGCUUCACCACCCUCAGGCAGCUCUGCAGAGCCAGUUGGUGCAGCACAACCUAGAAGGACAGCCAGGGCCACCAAGAAGCCUGUCUAUGUUACUGAUAGCGAUCCUGAGGAUGAAGUGGUGGAGUUGACUGAUGAUUCUGACUUUGAUUUGGAUGGUGACUCUGACGAGUGA